GUGUGCAACGUAUGCUAUACGCGGACUGCUCGUUGAAGACGAUCUUUAGUCGUCUAUAAUUUUUUUUUCUUUUUAAUGUUGUUUCGGUAGAUAUAAAAAUCCUGGAACCGAGGCAUAUCAUCUUGUUACAUUCUCUCGACGAGACUAGAAUUUGUCCGGUUCUUUUUUUUUUUUUUUUUCAAAUCCCGGCAAGUUCAUGACGAUCUUAUUACUCCGCGUCAAGUCGCGCGCUAACUAGGGCGCUCUUGCUAACGUGGGGCAGUUUUUGGACAAUGCCCAGUGGGGGUCGAGGUUCCGUUCUGAAUAUCAUCUCGUCCUAACAGAAGCAUCCCCCAACAUGGCAGACGUCAUCGUCGUGGAUGAAGAGGACGUCCCUCGGCCGCCGUCCUCAACUUUGGCCUCGUCGUCCUCGCCCCGCCGAGUACAGUUGACCACCGCGACCCACGUCACCCAGUCGACUUUGGCUUUGGCCAACAAGAACAAGCACGUUCUGCAGGCGGAGAAUCACAAGUUGUUCUCUGAGUUUAUGGAGCACGUCGUGGCCGUGACCCAGGACUGCCCUCAGGUGUUGGAAUACCUGAAGAUGAACCACGCCAAAGCCCGUACAGACUACCUGUCGUCAGUGGAGUUUCGUAACAGCUUGGGUCGAUGUUUGACCCGCCUGGAGGCCAAGCGUUCCAGGGUGUUUGUCUACAUCUACGAACUGUGCAUGGUGCUCAAGCAGCACAAAGACAGGAGCAGGAAGAAGAAAAAACGUGAAACCCCCUCUACUUCCGCAUCGGAUUGUCUUCACUCUACCUUGUUAAAAAGUGAAAGCCAGACUGCCGAGACAGGUGUGCAAGUACAAGAGGGAAACCCGGCGGCCCAAGACGAGAAGCCUUCUACGUCUGGUCUUCAGGAAGACCAGCAGAAAGAGGAGGAAGAGGCAAGCAGGGCCUCCAGGAAGCAGAUUGCGUAUCUGGAGAACCUGCUGAAAGUCUACGACGACGAGAUCUGCCGCCUGCAGCGGACCGAACUCUCGCUGGAGGACCUGGAUGCUGAGGACUCUCUGUACAUUCAGGAGCACAAACUCAAGCGCAAGAUGAUGAAGAUCUACAACAAGCUGUGCGAGCUGAAGGACUGCAGCUUGCUGACGGGGCGAAUCCUCGAGCGGAAAAUCCUCUACAGCGACACCAGCUAUCCGGAGAUCAGCAGGAAGAUCCAGCGCUACAUCAACAGCCCCGAAGUCUGUCUGAACCCGCCCGACUACCAGGACAUCCUCCAGCAGGUGCAGCUGGCCAGCAAGCGACACAACCUACAGCUGAGCAGCAAGGAGCUGGAGCGGAUUGCCCGCAAGGCCUUCACCGACACCGGCAGCAAAAUCCAGCAGAGGCGCCACCACGACCUCCUUUACGACUUUGGCUGCCAGCUUACCAGUGAAUACAGACCUGACAACGACCCGGCGCUGAAGGACCCCACGCUGCUCCGGAAGCUAGAGAACAACCGCGAGCUGGGUCUGAACCGCCUGGAGGACGUCAUCAACAAAUACGCUAUCCAACAGGACAACGCGGACAAGAAGGACCGGGCGCGGCGGCACUUCGAAGAGUCGGAUGAAGAAGAGGAGGAGGACGACGGCGACGACGUGUCCUCAGAAGCAGACAUUGAAGAAGAGAUCCAAGCCAGCAACCAGCAGAAUGGACCAGAUGACGACAAAGAUGGUGGCAACGAGGCGGAGAAAAUGAGCGCCAACUCCAAUGAGGAAGUGCCGACGAUGGGAAACGGCAGGGUGGCGGCGGCGACGGACGACGAGGCAGUCACCAGCCGCCUCCUCCCUGACGCUGGCAUCUCGGGCAUCUCGGCGCUGUCGAGUCACACAUCUGCCAUUGACAGCCCCAGCCAAUCAGAGUCCACGCAGCCCUGCGAGUCCUCACCUGACGAGAAUGCCCCCGCCGCCGCAUCAGAGCCCACCCAUCCUGCCAACCAGGUCACCAGAUACCAGAGCAGCGGCACGGACCUGCCAGUUACCUUGAAUGGGGCACCCUUACCUCUCACGCUGGAGAUGACGUGUCACUCGCCCAUCACCAACGGCACCUCGCCACCACUUUCGUCAACACCCAACUACAGACUGAGCAGGAGCCACAAGAGGAAAAUGCUGGACGCUGCGCCGAAGCGGAAUCACAUCGAUGCCAACGACAGAGAUGUGGAGGUGCUGCUGGACAUGGGCGUCAUCUGCGCCUCUCCUCUGCGGGCCGUCGACCGGUCCGACUGCCAGCCGGUCAGCAGUUCACAAUCUCCACCCCCCAAGAAGUACAAAGUUAACGUGGCCACCCAGUGCGACCCCUUGGAGAUCAUUGAACUGUCCGACUCGGAAUGACCAAGGGUCACAAGUCCAAAUCAGUCUCUUGUCUUCUGUGAUAUGAACUUCCACUCAGGACAACCAAGGGGGCGCUGGAACGCCCGUCUGUUUACAUUUGUAUUUAUAAAAGUGCAUUGGAUGCUUUGGUUGGACCUCAUAUUGUGGGAUGACCUGUACAAUGGCAGAAACAUUUUAAGACGAUGUGAGCUACACUGAGCUCUGUGCCAUUUAGCAUCUUUAGCUUUUAACAAGACUGUGAGUGGGCCACAGAACGGUUGAGAUUUUAAGUUUGACUGUCAAACCUUAAAAACUGUCAAAUUUUAAAAAUAAAAAAAAUGUGUGUGUGCCAUUAUAUAUUUUUUUAAUAUUUAGCAGAUGUUCUUUUACGCUGUCUGGGAGACACCUGUGAAAUUUUGCAAUAAAGUUACUAAGUUUUCGAAUUAAACUUUUUUUUUCUUUUUAAAUCAAGGACUCCUCAGUACAGUGAUGAGCAAAUUAUGACCCCGGAGGUCAAAUACGAACCACUCCAGUCUAAUUUGCUUCCAAAUAUUUUUCUGCACUGUUUAAUUGUUCAAAAUGUACAUUUUCAUUUAUUUUAUUGUUGCAUAAUUGAAAUUGACUAAUGAAAAAGAAUGUUCACUCAUCCUGUUGAUGUUUUAAUUAUUGUAGUAAGCUCGAUUUAUUUAAAGGAGAAGUAGUCUUGAAAUAAAGAGAGGUCCCAUAAAAUUCACAAGAGCAUAAACGGAUGCGGACGCGCGCACACAGUCGCGAUUUAUAUCGAGAGCGAGAGAUAAAUAUUCAUCUACCGGAAGGCACCGUACUGACGUUCGCAUUUUUUUUAAAUGCCUUUGAGUGUAAGAACUAGGUUUAGUUUUACAGUCCCAAAUGCGACCUUCACGUAUCAUCGGGGUGCCCAGCACACAAAAUCACACUUUUGAUAAAAUAUUUAUGUCUGUACUUGGGAAACAGAAUGUCUCACGUUUCCAAUGAAUGGCUUGAAAUGUUUUUAGUUGCAUCAGAUUUUUAAGAUCAUUAUUAUUUGGUUUAUUUUGAAAGAACCCAGCGGAAUUGCACGUGUUCCUCUAUGUCCAAAUCUGACGCUGGCGGGUAGCUGGAGGGUGAAAAAAAAAAGCGAAGAGGGGGGCAAAAAGGAAUAUUCGAGGGGUAAGAGGGGCUGAUUUGGAUAAACUUUCUCAACUGUCCCGACCCGAGAAACCUCCGCGGAGCCGAAGGCCAGUCCAUUUCACCG